GACACUUCCAGAAAGACAAGCAUGGCACCCGUGCUGGGCUACUGGGACACCCGGGGCAGGGCCCAAAUGAUCCGCAACCUGCUGGUCUACAAGAACGUCGCUUUCGUGGACAAGCGAUAUUCGUACGGCCCACCACCGUACUAUACCGGCACCGAGUGGGAAGCCGAUAAGUUCUCUCUGGGUCUAAAGUUUCCCAACUUGCCGUACUACAUUGACGGAGACUUGAAGCUGACUCAGAGCCUCGCCAUCAUGCGCUACCUCAGCAGGAAGCAUGACCUAGCUGGCAGAACUGAAGAGGAAGUCACUCAACUAGACCUCUUGGAGCAGCAGUCUCUAGACCUGUUUAUGAAAUUGGCCCGGACCGCGUUUGAACCGAAUUUGGAGGAGGCCCGAAAGAAUUACGAAGCAAGCUUGAACAACGAACUCGAACCCUGGGCUGAGUUGCUCCACGGACGAACGUGGGCCCUGGGCGGAAGGCUCACCUACGUGGACUUUAUACUCUACGAAUCCCUGGACUGGAUUCGCGACUUCGGACCUGAUACUUUCCAGCGUUUUUCAACUCUACUCAAGUACCUUAACAAGUUUGAAGAGUUACCCAACAUCAAGCAGUACAUGGCGUCGCAGAAGUACCGCAAGUAUCCUUUUCUACGUAGAAAAUGGACGUGGGCUGCCAAGGAAACGUCGUCUCAGUUUUGAGAAACGUCGCUGCUGGAAUAUUUUGGUACAGAAAUAAGAAAGAAUUGUCUUUUGCAACUUCAUAAACGUCG